UGACUUUGUUGCGAGUAUAAAAGCGAUAGCGCACAGUUGCCUAUCGGCUUUUUGGAAGCCCAGAUCGUUAGUUGAUUAGCGUGUUGAAAAUUUAAGCUUAAUAAAUCUUUUGUUAAGAAAAAAUGUCACGAACAGAUGUGUCAAAAUUCUACAAUGAAAUAAUUGAAAAUGUUAUUAGUAAUGUGAAGGAAGAAUUUGAAAAUGAAGGGGUUGAUGAACAAAUUUUGGAUGAGCUAAAACAGAUAUGGAAAACAAAGUUAAUACAGUCUCGAGCCCUGGAGAGCCAUGAACCGCGCUAUCCCAUGUCUCAAGCAACUGCAGUCCACAAUACAGCAGCUAACAGGAACUUCCAACAAAAACAUGAUGCAAUGGUUGCAGCAGGAAAGCAGCAUGGUGUGGAUCUUGUUCAGCCUGCAGCAUUGAGUGGAGCAGCAGCAUCGGCCUCCAUUGCAAUUCAGAAUGUACCAUAUGUUAAUUUGCCCACAGAGCUAGCAGCCACACAGCAAUCAAUAGCGUUGCCGCAAGCGGCACCGGGAACACAGCAACCGGUAUAUCGUUGUUACCAAGUAGGUGACCAAAUUGUCUAUGCAGUACACCCACCCACAAUGCAACAGGUCCAAGCAGCUGUCUUACAACAACAGCAGCAGCAGUUGCAGCAGCAGCAAAGACAACUCAGUGGACCUGCAGCUCAGGCUACCUCAGCUGCAGCUCUGUCACAGCAACAUGCAGGUGUUUUAUCAACGCAGGUGGGACAAGCAACGUUACCUCAGCAACAUCCGGGUGUUAUAUCAACACAGGUGGGACAGGCAACGUUACAGCAAAUUCAAGUGCAAUCUCAGGCUCAGCAACCGUCGGUAUUACAAGUUGAUGGAGGAAAUGAUUCAUCUUCAGAUGAGGAUGAUUUUGGUGAUGAUGAUGAGGAUGAUGAUGAUGCUGGUAAAGAGGAUGAUGAUGGAGAAGAUGAUGGUGAUGAUCUUCAAGGUGCUGUAAUUGAAGAGGAACCUUUGAACACUGAUGAUGAUGACAGUGGUGAUGAGCCAGAGGACAUUUUUGAUACAGAUAACGUCAUAGUCUGUCAAUAUGAAAAGAUUAAUAGAACACGAAAUAGAUGGAAAUUCCACCUGAAGGAUGGCAUAAUGAACUUAGAAGGUAAAGAUUGGGUAUUUCAUCGAGGGAUAGGGGAAGCAGAUUGGUAGAUGCUAAUAACCUUAUAAAAUGCUAAUCAGUACCUCUAUUCAAUACGCUAUUAUUAUAUCAAUAAAUGUUAAAAGUGGUUUGUGUUCCUAUAAAGAUCAUCGUGGGGUUUAUCAUGGUAUAGUCACGCAAACAUUUGAAUGGUGGAUAUCAUCCAAGCCCCACUGAUUGACACCCCAAAUAUGGUUAAUGACAACCCAAAUAUGGUUAAUGACACCCCAAAUAUGGUUACUGUCACCCAUCACCUGACGGUAAGUCAUUAUGUUAAGAAAAAAAAAAAGUUGUAGGCAACAGUCAAAGAAUUAUCUGUAUAAUCAUAGCAAUCUGGUUAUAAUUCAGGAUGUUGCUACUAAGUUCAAAGGUCAUAAAUAAAAGCCACCAUAUCUGUCAAAGUAAAAGCAAUAUGUGACUGUGAUGACUACUGCAUUGCAAUUUACAGGAAAGUUUAAAAUAUGAAUAAUAUUCAUAAGUCGCAAAUAAUAUUGAUUUUGUUUCUUACUAACUACAUUACAGAAGUGAAAUGUUAAUUUAAUCUAAGGCCCU